AAUAGUCACGGCGCGGGCACGGUGCUCGGCGCAAGAAUAGUGUCGGAGGUGAGAGGAAAAUUUCUCGUCUGAAAGGUUUGCCGCGAGGGCCGAGGCUGUGGCGUGUCAGUGUGAAGAUGUGGUCCACUGUGGUAGCGCCCCUCCUCCUCCUCCUCGUCGUCGGCCUGGCCGAGGGCCAGCGGCCGGCCACGCAGGGUAAAGACAGGGUCGUGUCGGAGUGCCCGCUGCCCAACGGCUUCUUCGCCGACGCCCAACAGUGUGACAGGUACUACGAAUGUGUGGACAACGUGAUCACCGAGAAGGUGUGCCCCGACGGCCUCGCCUUCGUGGACCACAACCCCCGCGCCGAGAAGUGUGACUACAUCAGCGCCGUGGACUGCACCGGCCGACCCGACCUCCAGCCAGCUCAGCCUGCGGGCGCGUGCCUGCGACAGAACGGCUACUUCUACCACCCGGACCCGACCAUCUGCAACCAGUUCUUCUUCUGCAGCGAGGGCAAAGGCAACCUGGUCACCUGCCCCGUCGGCCUCGUCUUCAACACCAAGACCAACAACUGCGUGUGGGCCGAUGAGGCGGGACGCACGGGCUGCGCAAGCGACACCGGUAACCCCGCCUUCGAGUGCCCUAAGGUGACCCACGACGUGGCCGUGACCCACCCGCGCUACGCCGACCCCAGCGACUGCCAGUUCUUCUACGUGUGCAUCGACGGCGUGAACGCGCGCAGGAACGGCUGCACCUUGGGCCAGGUCUUCAACGACCUCGUCGGCACCUGCACACCGCCGGCAGAUGUACCCGAGUGCUCCAACUACUACAACGAUUACUUCGACGAUUACUUCAGCAAGCUGAGCCCCGGCGGACGGCCCAGCGGGGACAUCAUCGCCGCCGCGUUCGAGGCAGGCUACGACAUUCCCCUCGCCGCCUUCGGCAAGGGCGACAGGACGCCCAACAGGCGCCCAGGCACCGACGCCGCCCCCGCCGGAGUGUCGGGCGGCCCGCGCAGGAGACGACCAUCCUCCCGAACCGCCGCCGCCCCUGCCGCCGCCCCCGCCCCGGCCGCGCCACAAGCCCCUCUUUCAGUCCCCAUCCCUACCCAAGCCGCUGCGCCUGCCGAUAGCUUCACCCUCUCCACUGACUUUGGAGAGCCCGCACAAGACGCCCCCGCCCCCGCCCAGGCCGCAGACCCACCCCGACGCCGCCGCCCCCUCGUCAACGUCAGAAAAGCACCUAGGCCUCAAGAGUAGGACAGUUGUAGUAAACCUUCUUUAGCAAUGUUUUAGUUUAUACUGCAGUGAACUUCCCUCAGACAACACUCAGACACACCUGCUGACGACGACGGUCUCCACGGAUGCCAGAGGAGAGUGGAGAGGUACCUAUUCAUCUCUAGAAGUAAUUGGUCACGCAGCUUCUUAAUUCUUUCGAUACUCACGGAAACUAUCUUAUCUUUGAGUCCUCAGCAGCUAUACAACGCCACAGAAACAUUACGCCAUUAGGGUACGGCCACAUUACACGCGGUUUGCUGCGAGAGUAGAGGGUAGCGGGACGCCUAGCGGGUCAGAGGCAAGAACAAACACAUGUUAUCUAAUCCGAGUGGCAAUACAGGACGCGGGUAGCGGGUUCCCUCCAAGCUUACCCGCUACCCGCGUCCUGUAUGGCCACUCCUAUUAGAUAACAUGUGUUUGUUCUUGCCUCUGACCCGAUAGGCGUCCCGCUACCCUCUACCCUCCCAGCAAACCGCGUGCAGUGUGGCCGUACCCUUAGAGUCUACAUCCGGACAGCCUGUAUACGCGGCCAAACUCCCUGACCGAUCACGUUCCUCGGUGGCACCAUUCCUCUUAGUAGAUGCCGCAAAAAAGCAUAAAGACAUAGGCUACCAUGUGUAAUAUACAAUAAAACACAAGACAAUUAA